AUAUGAGUCAUAUGACUGUAGGACUGUAGUGGCCUUGGCCCUUGCGGCCUUGCCUUUCUUAUCCGUUGAACACUGUUUUCCCGGGCAACUCAAUUCUUCUGGGAACUGGAAUUGAUGAACCCAGUAUCAUUUGCUAAUGUGUAGAGUAUGUGGUAAUGUUCACCAACAAAUUGAUGCUUCUGCGCUAUCACUCUCAUUUUCUUACUCCUCCCAAAUUCUCCCCCAAAUUCCUCUCUUCCCCCUCUUCUUUCUUUCUCCGCCGCAUCGCCACCGCUGCAAUUCCAUCUCACUCUCUCUCCUCCACCUCCUACGGCCCUUCUCUUCAAAAGGGCACUCUUCCCUUAAACCCCCAUCAAAACCCUUUUCUAAAUGCCGCUAAUAAUCCACCCCAACAAACCCAAAUCCCCGAAAAUGGUGGCGACACCCUGUUUGAGGAGGAUCAGUUUACGCGGGUGUUCGAGAUUGCUGCUAUCCGGGUUCCUUCGGAGAGAUGUUUCGAGUUAGAGGGCAGGCUGCGAGGACACUUGCUUAAUUGGCCGAGGAUUUCGAACAUUGCCAGGGUUCCUGGAGAUGAAAUUGAUGGGGAAAUUCAAGAGUUGUUGAUGGGGAAGCAGGGGUUACUGGUAAAGGAUGAAGAUGGGGUUGCUGUGGCGGUGAGCCGGAGGGUUUAUGGGAAAGCUGAAGGGGAUGGGGAAGAAUUGAGUGGGGUUUUGUAUAGGGAUAAGCUUGCUAAGGAGUUUAAUGCUAGGGGUUUUGUCAAGUUUAGGAAUUUGGCUAAGAUUUCGAGGCCUAAUAAAAAGAAGGAGAGACGAACGGAGGGGAAGACCCGCGUUGAGGUGGGGAAGGAGGGGAGGGGUAAGAGGAAGAGUGUCAUGGUGGAGGUUGUGGAGGAGAGUGAAAAUUUGGGUGUUGAUUUGAGUGGAUUGUUAGGGGAUGAGUUUAAAGGAAGGGAGUGGAAAGGGUCUACUAGGUUGUUGCUUUUGGAUGAGACUUAUGCUGGGAAGAAAUUUGAUGAGCUUCCUGAAGCUGUUAAGGCAGCUUUUACGGAAGGUUCAAGUGAGGCUACAAAGUCAAGCUGCGAGUUAGUAAGGUGCAAUUUAACCUUGUUGUAUGAUUACUGGUCAAAUGAAGAGGUCUUGAGGGCCUUGUUGCCAAAGGAUAUGACUAUUCCUUCUGCUUUUGAAACUGUUGGGCAUAUUGCACACCUGAACUUAAAAGAUGAAUAUUUACCGUACAAGAAGGUUAUUGCAAAGGUAGUUCUGGACAAAAAUAAACCAAAGAUUCAAACGGUUGUAAAUAAAAUUGAAGCCAUCAGUAACGACUACAGAACAAUGGAGCUAGAGGUUCUAGCUGGAAAUCAUUCCCUUGUUACCAUUCUUAGCGAGAAUGGGUUACGUUUCCAAAUCGACCUUGCGAAAGUCUACUGGAAUUCCAGGUUAUCAACUGAAAGGCAGAGGCUCAUUAGUUGCUUCACAAGUGAAGAUGUAUUGUGUGAUGUUUUCUCUGGGGUUGGUCCAAUAGCUAUAUCUGCAGCAAAGAAAGUGAAACGUGUAUAUGCAAAUGAUCUGAAUCCUUAUGCCGUCGAUUAUCUGGAAAGAAACACUGUCCUCAACAAGCUUGAGAGGAAAAUUAAGGUAUAUAACAUGGAUGGUAGAAGAUUUAUUGAGGCUAUAUUCUCGAGCGAAAGCCAUUCCGUUACACAAGUUGUCAUGAAUUUGCCAAAUGACGCUGCGGAGUUUCUAGAUGCAUUUCGUGGGAUUUUCAGAAACAAACCUAGGAAUACAAAAGUGACCUUGCCGAUGAUCCAUGUUUACGGAUUCUCGAAGGCUGAAGAUCCAGAGUUUGAUUUCCAUGAGCGGUUAAGAGUCGCUUUAGAAGAGGCUGCAGUUGCUGUUGAAAUGCGCCGUGUUCGCGCUGUUGCACCAGGAAAAUGGAUGUUGUGCGCCUCGUUUGUACUUCCUGAGAAGGUGGCUUUUAGCAAGCCCAACGUAGACUGUAAAUAAUAAUUGUCUAAAGCUUGAUUGUAGGUUAGUUUAAUGUUUUCUCCACUCUGUAUAACCCCUUAAUUAAGUGUAUUUUUAGUUGUAUACACAAUUGCAAUACUAAAAGAAAACUGAGAAAGUUUCUAUGGUCA